CCUGCCCGGCCCGGCCCGGCCCGGAGCGCCCUCAGCCCGGUCCCCUGCAGGGCCGCGGCCCCGGUGCCGGACGGGCCCCACGGGCCGGGUGUGGGCGCCCCCAUGUCGGCGCCGCUGAAGAAGGGCCCCGGCGGGCUCAUCGGGCUGAUGAAGGACGCGUUCCAGCCGCACCACCACCACCUCGGGCCGCACCAGCCCGGCGCCGUGGACAAGAAGAUGGUGGAGAAGUGCUGGAAGCUCAUGGAUAAGGUGGUACGUCUGUGCCAAAACCCCAAGCUGGCCCUGAAGAACAGCCCUCCCUACAUCCUGGACCUGCUGCCUGACACCUACCAGCACCUGCGCACCAUCCUGUCCCGCUACGAGGGCAAGAUGGAGACCCUGGGCGAGAACGAGUACUUCAGGGUCUUCAUGGAGAACCUGAUGAAAAAAACCAAGCAGACCAUCAGCCUCUUCAAGGAGGGGAAGGAAAGGAUGUACGAGGAGAACUCCCAGCCUAGGAGGAACCUGACCAAACUGUCCCUGAUAUUCAGCCACAUGCUGGCAGAACUCAAAGGGAUUUUCCCCAGUGGCCUCUUCCAGGGGGACACGUUCCGGAUCACCAAGGCAGAUGCUGCAGAAUUUUGGAGAAAGGCUUUUGGUGAAAAGACCAUUGUUCCUUGGAAGAGUUUUCGCCAGGCCCUGCAUGAGGUGCAUCCCAUCAGCUCUGGCCUGGAGGCCAUGGCCCUCAAGUCAACCAUCGACCUGACCUGCAAUGACUACAUCUCAGUGUUUGAGUUUGACAUCUUCACACGACUCUUCCAGCCCUGGUCAUCUUUGCUGAGGAACUGGAACAGCCUGGCAGUGACUCACCCUGGCUACAUGGCAUUCCUCACCUAUGACGAGGUGAAGGCCAGGCUGCAGAAAUUCAUUCACAAACCUGGCAGUUACAUUUUCCGACUGAGCUGUACCCGCCUGGGUCAGUGGGCCAUUGGCUAUGUCACUGCAGAUGGGAACAUUCUCCAGACCAUCCCCCACAACAAACCUCUUUUCCAAGCACUGAUUGAUGGCUUCAGGGAAGGCUUUUAUUUAUUUCCUGAUGGCCGGAAUCAGAAUCCUGACUUGACUGGCUUGUGUGAGCCCACACCUCAGGACCACAUUAAAGUUACACAGGAACAAUAUGAGCUGUACUGUGAGAUGGGCUCCACGUUCCAGCUGUGUAAAAUCUGUGCUGAGAACGACAAGGAUGUGAAGAUUGAACCUUGUGGGCACCUGAUGUGCACCUCCUGUCUCACAGCCUGGCAGGAAUCUGAAGGCCAAGGCUGUCCCUUCUGCCGCUGUGAGAUCAAAGGCACCGAGCCAAUCGUGGUGGAUCCAUUUGAUCCCAGGGGAGGAGGAGGAUUGUCCAGGCAAGGAGCAGAAGGAACCCCCUCUCCCAAUUAUGAUGAUGAUGAUGAUGACAAAGCUGAUGAUUCCCUCUUCAUGAUGAAAGAACUCGCUGGUACCAAAGUGGAACGCCCUCCCUCGCCCUUCUCAGUGGCUCCUCAGGCUGCCCUGCCCCCCGUGCCACCCCGCCUGGACCUGCUGCAGCAGCGAGUGGCCAACCCCCCCGGGGCCUCCAGCCCUGGCACCACUUCCAAGGCUGCUCCAGGUGCUCUGCACAAGGACAAACCUCUGCCGAUCCCCCCCACGCUCCGGGACCUGCCCCCGCCGCCGCCCCCCGACCGCCCGCACGCCCUGGGCCCCGAGAGCCGCCCGCAGCGCCGGCCCCUGCCCUGCACCCCGGGCGACUGUCCCAGCAGGGACAAGCCACCCCCGCUGCCCUCCAGCCGCCAGGGUGAGCCGUGGCCAGGCAGGCCCAUGCCCAAAGCGCCGGCGGAGCCCUGGGCUGGCCGGGAGCUGUCCAACCGGCACUCGCUGCCCUUCUCGCUGCCCUCGCAGGUGGAGUCCAGGGCUGAGAGCCUCCGGCUGGGCAGCACGCUCAGCCUGGACAGCCCCGCGAGCUCCAACAGUGGUCCAGCAGCAACCUCAGAGUGUGAACACCCCAAAAUCAAACCCUCCUCAUCUGCCAAUGCCAUCUACUCCUUAGCUGCCAGACCACUGCCUGUACCAAAACUGCCUCCUGGGGAGCAGUCUGAGAGCGAUGAGGACACUGAAUACAUGUCACCAUCCUCUCUGCCUGUGGUGCCUCCAGGUCCUGCUGUGCAAAAACCAGAGCUCAAAAUGCCUUUGGACAUGACUCAGAGUUUACGAGUUUUGGACUGUGACCAGCAGCCCGAGGGCUCCAUGUAUGAAGCAAUGUACAACAUUCACUCCCAAGCAGCAUCCUCUGCUUUCGAGGCUGUCAACACUUCUGAUGAAGGGAGCCUGGCAGCAGCCAGUGCCAGCAAUGGCCCUGAGGAGUCAGAGAAUGAGGAGGAUGGCUACGAUGUCCCCAAGGCACCGCUGCCCGUGGCCAUCGCCCGCCGCACGCUGUCUGAUAUCUCCAAUGCCACCCCUGCCUUCAGCCGAAUGUCCUUGGAAAACGACCCUGUCACAGGUUUCUCAGACGGCUCCCAGGUCCCCGAGCGGCCCCCAAAGCCGCUGCCCCGGCGGAUCAACUCGGAGCGGAAAGCCGGGAGCUGCCAAGCAGGAGGAGCCAGCAGCGGGGCCAGCUCCUCCCUGCACCUCUCCAGCGAGAUCGAGAACCUCAUGAGCCAAGGCUACUCAUAUCAGGACAUUCAGAAAGCUCUGGUCAUUGCACAUAACAAUAUUGAGAUGGCCAAGAAUAUUCUGCGGGAGUUCGUGUCCAUCUCCUCCCCGGCGCACGUGGCCACAUAGCACACGGGCACCUCCACACCUGAGCUGCUGUGGACCAACUGCCUGGGCAGCUGCUGCCCAGCUGUGCACCAAAGGGGAAGGGGGUUCCUUUAGAGACUUCGUGCUGAGGUCAGUCCUGCCUCUUUAAGAGAAUCAGUUAUCAGGUUUUCGUGGUUCCAGAUUUCAAAGCAGUGGGAUGGAGCGGAGCGGUGUUUUAUACAGUGUAUGUCUUGGAGUCCUUUACCCCUACCUCUUGUCUGAGAGAACAGAUUUAUUUCCAGGGUGUUGGUAGAGAAAGGUAUUGUGACAAGGGAUCCCCGAGCCGAUGCCCUGGAAGCUGGGGGGGAGUUGUUUUGUGCUGUGAAUUUUAAGUGGAUGCUCAGAGAAACAAAGUCUCGAGGUCGGUGUGGUGUGUCCUGUGGUUCAUGGUACUAGGUUUGGAUCUGUUCGCUGCUGUGUGUCUGGCUCAGGCUUUUUAGAGAAGCUGGGAGGUCACUUUCUGCUGGGAAUUUAUAGGAGACCUUGGAAGAAUCCUUUGAUUGCUUCCUGUUGGCCGUGGUGUGUCCCUCUUGCCUGUAAUUAUAGCAGUUAUUGCUUCUGAUUCCAGUCCUCCCUUGCUGCCUGGAGAUAGCAGGGUGAGCUUCUGUCAGGGAUUUGGAUCCUGGCAGUUGGAUUUCUCUCGUGUGUGUGUGCUCUUGCACUGGCAGCACCAGAUUCCAGCAGCUGGAGGAGCUUGGUGUGGUUUUGAGGGGUGGGAGAGGGGGCAAAGAAUUUGAGCAAGAGCAAAAAGCAGGGGCUGCUGCUUCUCCUCUCUUAGCCUUGAGCAUUUUGUGCUUCAGUGCUCAAAUUUGAUUUGUGGCCCUGCUGGGCUGGAGCAGCCGUCACUGGACACUCCCAUUGCUCUUCCCUAGGAAUGUUGCACCUGGUAAAUAGGAUGUUUUAUUUAUCUUCAUUGCAUGGUGGCUGUUGCAGACUAGUGGCCUUCACACACAUUCCUCCAGAGAGCUUUUGCAGGAGCCAUCAUCGUGCCAGGGUGUUUUGUGGAAUUGGUAGAUGCAGCUGAUGUGUUUGUUGGAAUUUCACCUGCUUUGCAGUCCCAGAAGUGCAGCAGUUCUCUGCAUGGCUCUCCAAACAACAUGGGGGCUCUCCUUUCUAUUUCCAUUUCUCUAAGGUAUUGCCAGGUCUGGUGUUAAAACAGACCUGGGGGAAAAAUAAUCUGUAUUUGUGAAGUGAUCACAUGGUUUUAAAGGUCAGAGCUCAGCUGUUGCAUUGGAAAAACCUGACUUGCCUACUCAGCUACUUAACUCUGUUCAUAUUAGAGGAGUGGAUGGUUCCUUUGGAGAAGAUUUAGAUCCAGGAGGCACAGACAGAUCACAGCCUGUCAGCCUGAGAGGCUCUUGGCCUUUGGAGCAUGUCCAGCAUUAUUUGCAUCUCCCUGAGGUCAGCAGAGGUCACUGGGCUAAGGGCUGCAGCUUGGAAUAUUGCUGGAGUGAUUCUGGCACUCGGGUGCAGUCUGGCCUUUUGAGGAAUCCAGGGGCUGGGCCAGAUGGCUGCAGUGGCAGGGAGGUCUUCAUGAGUGUUAGCAGAGCAGAAAGUGGAUUUUAAUUCAAGUUGAGGUUUCUCUCUAGCCCUAGAGCCUUCUGAAUUGCUGCAGUGGCUUCCAGGCAGGCUGAAGUGUCUCUCUUCACUCCUCUCCUCUCUGUAGUGGAGAAAACUCUCAGACAGCUUGGGGAGAUCUCCUGCCACGCUCCCUGACCCCAGCCUUGGCAGGUUUGGGGUCAGGGCUGGCACUUGCAGGUCAGGCAGUGGGCAGGGUGCUCUGCAGGGCACAGGGCUCAGUGCCUGGGGGAAGAAGGAGGGGAGGAAGAGCUGCUCUUCCUCCUGUGCCCCCAGUGCAGCUGCCAGGGGUGCAGCCCUGCUCCCUGUGGGAUGGGUGGGAGCUCUGCAGGAGCAAGGCCAGCACUGGUGCUGCUGAGGCAGGAGCAGGGCACAGCUCUGGCUGGUGUGUCACACUGGGGAGCCUGAGCAGCCAAACAGUCCCUUGUGCUGGAGAUCCAGGUGCAAACCCUUUAGUGAGGGGUCUAUUUCCCUCUUUUCCACACUCCCACUGGGCUCUGUGUUGGUUUGGAGCCGUUUGGUGUCUGUCCUGCUGUGUGAGCUCAGUGAGACUCCUGCUGUGGCUGAGCCAGGCUGACCCAGCCAGCUCCAAAGCCUUAACUCUUGUCCUGCCCAGCAUGUGUGGCACCAGUGAUUCCCUGUCCCUCCAAGCCCCUCAGGGCAGGCUGGCUGUAAUUUCCAUGAAAUCCUGCUUGGCAGAGCUGUUCCAGGCCUGUCUUUGGGGUCUGUGUGCCAAGAGAUGUUCCUGUGGGUGUUGUUCUGGGUAUUAGAGAUUAGAGAGAGCAAUCUUUGUGGCAUGUUUCGCUGAUUUCUCUGCAUGUGUCCUUUCUGUGCUCUUGUUUAUGUCUCAAACUGAUUUAAGAAACUUAAGUCUUGCCUUUUCUUCCUUAGACACGUUAAGAAUUUGCUGAUUCCACUGAGCAGCAGAGUCCUGGCCAUGUCUUGUGGCUGUGUUCUGCCAGCUCGAUCCAGGCACUGCCCAGUGGAUUUUUCUUGUUCUUUCUAAGCCCAAGAUUGAUUGCUCUUCUUUCCCUUCACCUCCCUCUUCUUUAUUCUUAAGAAAAUUACCUUUCUGAUGCUACUUUAAAAAGGAAAAACAACCCAGAUGUCUAGUGCCUUUCUUAAGGGGAUGCUGCAUGGCCAGGCUGGAUCUGAGAAUCCACCCCUCUGGGGAAAUGAGCAGAGCUGCACAAGCAGCACCAAACUGCUGUGGGGAGGGUGAAAAGGAGGAGCAGGAGAGACAGGCAAUGCUCACUUGGACUCUGACACUGUGGUUUGUAGCAUUUCAGCCGUGGAGCUUCUGUGUCUGGACUGGUGCUGUGCCGAGCUCGGGGCCAAGUCAGGGUCGUGGGAUGGGGUAAAAAAUGCUGGGGUUGUGCUGGAGCUGUCCCCAAAAGGAGCAGGGAACACUCCCAAAGGAGUGGGGAACACUCCCAAAGGAAUGGAGAAACACUCCCAAAGGAGUGGGGAACAGUCCCAAAGGAGAGGGGAUCACUCCCAAAGGAGUGGAGAUCACUCCCAAAGGAGUGGGAUCACUCCCAGCAGGAGGGGGAUCACUCCCAAAGGAGUGGGAUCACUCCCAGCAGGAGGGGGAUCACUCCCAAAGGAGAGGGGGAUCACUCCCAGCAGGAGUGGGGAUCACUCCCAGCAGGAGGGGGAUCACUCCCAAAGGAGUGGAGAUCACUCCCAAAGGAGUGGGGAUCACUCCCAGCAGGAGGGGGAUCACUCCCAAAGGAGUGGGAUCACUCCCAGCAGGAGGGGGAUCACUCCCAAAGGAGUUGGGAUCACUCCCAAAGGAGUGGGGAUCACUCCCAGCAGGAGGGGGAUCACUCCCAAAGGAGUGGGAUCACUCCCAGCAGGAGGGGGAUCACUCCCAAAGGAGGGGGAUCACUCCCAGCAGGAGGGGGAUCACUCCCAGCAGGAGUGGGGAUCACUCCCAGCAGGAGCAGAGCUGUGGGGAGCGGGAGGUUCCCUCCUGAGCAGGAUCCAGGUGAUUUCCUGUGUCCAGAGCCGAGCAGGAAUCCCAAACCUUCCCCUUUUUUUGUGCAUGUCCUUGCCCCAGCCCUCCCCGGGGCCUCCUGUACCAGACUGGUGACAUUUCUGUGGCUCCUCCUGAGGCAGGCUCCUUACUGCAAAUGUGGUUUGAUUGGUUGCUUUGUUGGGUUUUUGUUCAUUUUAUUUUUUUUUUUUUCAGUUGAGCAAGAAAAAAUGCAACUCCCAGGGCACCUUCUCCGAGGUGCCACUUAAAGAUUAGUGGGGAAUAAGGACAUUUAUUUUUAAAGUUCCUCCUAAAAAUCUUUUUUGUUUGAAAUUCCCAGUGGAGGAAGAACUGCUGUUACUUUUGUUCUUUCUCACGGAUGACAAAUACCAAUUUGUAAAAUAUCAGUGUUAAAAAAUGUUGAGAUUUUCACGAGAUAUUUUAAAAAAAAAAAAGUAUAAUAGUGUCAUUAAUAUAAAAUUAUAAUAGCAGUAUUUAAUCCUUUCAGAUCUGUAAAGAAUAAGGAAAAACAGAAGGUAAAUAUUCUUACAGAGAGUAGCUGAGCUUUAAGGUUCACUUGGUUUAAAGUCCUCAUUUUGUUUGCAGAUGCAUUGUUAAUGUUUAGAGGUUAUACUAAUGUUAUUUAUUAAUUGUUUCCAUCCUUGUAUGCUGCCCACUAAGAGCUUCUUUGUUUGGGAUUUCAUUCACCUGUGUCAGUAAGAAAGAAAACAAAACAAAGUUUUAUUUUUAAAUAAAAUUUCCUUUGUUGUAGCAGA